CACACACACAAUCACACAAUCACAAUCUCUGUAUUUGCUUCCUGCUAUAGAUCCUCUCAAACUUCCAGUUAAGCUCCUCCUCUCGUUCUCCAGUUCUGACCCUUGUCUGGCGCUCUUCCUCCAUUCUUGGAUUGUUCUCUGGUCAUAUCUUCCUAAUUAGCAUGCUUUCAUUGUUCUGACUUGUGUUUGGCUCAUCUCUUUUCUUUAUCAAGAAAUACUGAAUAUUGUUUAAAAACAACUCAAUGUUAUUAGGUAUGGCAUUUUGGGGCAGUUUUUCUUUAAUACAUUUUACACAGGACAGAGAGUUGCACCAGAAUGGGAACUCUAAAGAAGUUUUUAUGAUGUUAUGUUAAUUUUAAGAGGAAAGGUCUAUUAUUAGUAUUAGAUAAGUAUUAGUAGAUAAGUAUUAGGUUUUAUCCAUGAUUCUGGCAGAAUUAAGGCUAAUCAGAGACCUUAUUUUUCAAAAACUUAAAUUGGAUUUAAGGUUAUGGUAAGUUGGUAACAUUGAAAAAUUAGCGUCAAAUAGCACAAAAAUGGGACAAAAAGACCAUUUGUGAACCAUACAGUAGAUUAUGGUGCCAUCUGUCAUGUGUUUUUUUUUUGUUUUUUUUGUAUAGGAUGGCAGUUAGUCUGCUUUUGACUCCAAUAUGAGAACACUUACUUCCUUUUUUUUUUUUUAAAUAAAUCUCUGUCUACCACCUUAUUUAUUACAAAUGUUUACCUUUCAUUUUUUAUGUUUAAUUUUUCUACUUUUGAAAAAUGUUAAACUAUGGAAUUCUUCUCAUAUUAUUAUGCUGUCUGGAUUUUCUUUUUGCUGAUCACAGUAGUGACUAAAAUACAGGAAGGAAAAGGCAGAAUACAACCCUGAUACGCUUUCCUGGAGUGUAUUUUUUUUCAAGUUCUGAACACCCUACGGUUCUGACCAUUUGCUUUCUUCGUGUUUAACUGAUCUUAAAAAUACCAGGCAUCUCAAGACGACUUGUGCACAUACGCCAACUAAUACAAUGGGAAGUUUGAGGUUUCCUGCGGUUCUCCUGGUGCUCUUAUACACUAUGGCUGUGAAGAUAACUGAAGAAGCGAUACAGAUGGGCAUGCUUCCUGAAGCUGCUGAUUACUCGUUCCAGAACUGUCGGAAAGAAAUGCUGCAAAUGGUCACAAAAGGACUGCUGCAGACAGAGCUUAACAACAAUCCAGAUUUUAAAACUAUGUGGAAAGGUAAUGCAACAUGCAGCAAGACCAUUCCAGGGAGUACACCGCUGCACAUGGCUGCACUGAAGAGCUAUGCAGAAGCUAGUUCUGAAUUUCGUGGAAGAUUCAAGAAGUUGUUUCAGACUAGCAGGGGCAGUUCAACUUACCGAGAUGAGUUUCCUUUCAAAUCUCUUUUCUUCCUGCUGACAGAUGCCAUGCAACUUAUGAGCAAAAACAAGAUUCGCACAGUGUACUCUGGUAAAGGGAAGGAAUAUAGCACUGAAAUUGGGGAGAAAGUACAUUUUGAGAGUUUUCUUCCAGCAGAAUCGCUCUAUAAUGAUGUAACUGAAGAUGCAAAUGUCUUUAAUAGCAUUGGGACUGUUUUCAUCAUCAAUUCUUCUUCUGUGAUCAGCUUUGAAGAUUAUGGAUGUGAUUCAGAGGAAAUUAAUCUGCUAAUAUCACCCACUGAAGUUUUUACAGUUACGGGCAUCAAGACUGUUCACAAUAGUAAUGAUCAUUUUAAAAAGAUCACCUUAACACAUUCUCAUUUGCACAGUUCUUCUAAUUGCAGCGGCCUUGUCAGCUUGCCUGAAGAAUCUGAAGAAUCAUCUUCAAGUUUCCUGAGUUCCAGUUUACUCAAUCUGGUGGCUUCCUUACUCAUGCUGUACUACUACACACUGACUCUGUAGUACUCUGUAUGUUCACAAAAAUGCAAGUAAAAGUUACUUGAAUGUUAUAUGAAUGCUAUGCCACAUGCAGCGUUCUUGACUUAUAGGAAGAAUUUAUCACUAUAAUAAAUUACUUUGUUUUAAUGCA